AUGAUGGAUGUGAAAACUCCUGAUGAAACUAGUUCUAUACAAAGACAGUAUACAAAGAUUCUAGAUGGAUAUGGUUCCUUAGGUGUACUUCAAUUCAAAUCAGGUGAUGUCGUCAAUUUGUAUUUGGUUAUGGUAACUGCAUGUGUGUCUGUGAAUAAGAUUCUUGAUUCAGAAGUUUUUCGUGUGACAGCAACUACAUUCAUACCACUGCAGUGCCAUGCAUCAGAUGAUGAAAAGGUCAAUGAGAUACGCAAGCUAUUGAAUUCAGGAACAUUCUAUUUCUCCUGGUCUUCAUCCAAAGAUGCCUGGGAUCUCAGUCUUUGUGCUCAGCGACAACUGCAACAGCAUGAAACUGACAACAGAUUUUUCUGGAACAAAAUGUUGCAUGUCCACUUGGAACGUUAUGGCGUAGAUUGUAGCCAAUGGUUAUUCAAAGUCAUAUCUGGUGGUGUUGAGAUUCGGACAAUCUAUGCUGGCAAUAAACAGGCUAAAGCUUGUCUCAUAUCUCGCUUGAGCUGCGAACGAGCAGGGACUCGAUUCAUGGUACGAGGAACCAAUGAUGAUGGUCAUGUGGCAAAUUUUGUGGAAACAGAACAGGUGAUUUUCCUAGAUGAUCAGAUCUCUUCAUUCCUUCAAGUUAGGGGAUCAGUCCCCUUAUUCUGGGAUCAGCCUGGUGUUCAGGUGGGAUCUCAUAAAAUUCGCUUGUCUCGUGGCUUUGAAGCAUGUGCCCCAGCAUUUGAUCGACAUAUGAGUAUGUUAAAGAAAUUUUAUGGCAAGCAAGUAAUUGUGAAUCUGUUGGGAAGCAAAGAAGGAGAACACAUGCUCAGCCAAGCAUACCAGAAUCACCACAACAGUUCAUGUCAUAAGGACAUCCCUCAUAUUGCUUUUGACUAUCAUGCAGAAUGCAGAGGUGGGAAUUUAAGGAAUCUUGCUAAGCUGAAAAAGAUUACUAUUGAUUAUUUAAACAGUUUCAACUUUUUCCACAGUUCUACAGGCAAUAUCACCAAUCAACAACUUGGGACCAUGCGAACAAAUUGUGUAGAUUGUCUUGAUCGGACAAAUGCUGUUCAAAACAUGUAUGGUUUAAUUAUGCUUGAGAAACAAAUGGAAUCUCUGGGUUUUGCUGGCAAACCUCAGAUGUGUUCCCGUUUUGAAGAAGUCUACAAACAAAUCUGGACAGAAAACGGUGAUCAUGUAAGCCGAAUUUAUGCUGGCACUGGAGCCAUGGGUGGCGGCAGAUCAAAAUAUUCUGAUGCAGCACGUUCAGCUACACGUACGAUCCAAAACAACUUUUUAGACAGUAACAAACAAGAGGCCAUUGAUAUAUUUCUCCUUGGCUCAACACUGGUUGGAGAACUUAGGGAACGAGCCAAAGCCUUACUAACAUCCCGUUGCCUUCAUGCUCCAGAAGGCAUCCUAAGAGAGAUGGUUGCACGUCACAGAGAAUAUACUGAACUUGGUAAUAUUCGUAUCUGUUGUGGUACAUGGAAUGUCAACGGAGGCACCCAUUUCCGAAGUAUUGCCUUUAAGAAAGAAAAACUUUCUGACUGGUUACUUGAUGCCCAUAAAUGUUGCCAGGAAUUAUUUCCAAAUUCUCUUGAUGCUGAUGCUGAUUAUGGUAUUCCUCCUGAUAUCUUUGCUAUUGGGUUUGAGGAAAUAGUUGAUCUUAAUGCUAGCAAUAUUGUAAGAGCCAGUACUGAAAAUUCUCGUGAAUGGCAAAAUGAAAUCCAAAAGACAAUCUCACGAGAACACAAAUACAUUCCAUUAGCAACAGUUCAACUCGUAGGAGUUUGCUUAAAUCUAUUUAUACGGCCAAGUUUGGCACCCUUUAUCAGAGAUGUCGCCAUUGAUUCUGUUAAAACUGGGUUGGGUGGUGCUACUGGCAACAAAGGUGCUGUGGCCAUUCGCUUCUUGUUCCAUGCCACAUCUUUUUGCUUUAUCUGUGCCCAUUUUGCUGCUGAUCUUCAUCGGGAUGAAGUAAAAGAAUUAGUUCGAAAUCACAACUGGACAGCACUACAAGCUGCUGACCAACUCUCGGUACAGAUGAAAGCUGGCAAUGUGUUUCGUGGUUUUGAAGAAGGCCAAACUAAUUUUGCUCCAACAUACAAAUAUGACAACUUUAGUGAUGAUUAUGACACAAGUGAGAAAUGUAGAUCUCCUGCUUGGACUGAUCGUGUGUUAUGGAGAAAAAGGAAGUUUCUUACUAAAACUGGUGUUGAUGAUCCCUAUUAUGUUCCGGUGAAACAAAUUCUGUACAGUCGUGUGGAGUUGAGGACAUCUGACCAUAGGCCUGUUAUUGCAUUGUUUGAGUUGGACUAUCAGAAAGUAAAUGAAGAAAAAAAGAAGAAAGUGCUGGAAGAUGUUGUUAUUGAACAAGGUCCACCUGAUGCUACUGUCAUCAUUAGUUUAGAGAAUGGCCAAACAUUUAAUGAAGCCCUUGUUGAUGAGAUUGUUCAGGUAUUCAGUGAAUGUGGAGAGAUUCUGCUAAUAAGAUUUGUUGAAGAAGACAUGUGGCUCAUUUACAAACAUGGUCAAAGUUCUUUAGAAUCAGUUAAAAAGGACAAGAUUACAGUAAGCAACUGUGUAUUGAAUGUUAAACUGAAAAACCCAGAUUGGAAAUCAACAUUAUGGAAAGAAUUGGAUUUGUGCUCUAUGAAUACAGAAGCUCUUUACACACCUGGUUCAAGCACACUUCUUGGAGAUGACAUUAAUACCACUGAUACGAGUGUAUUUUCAAUGGAAGGUGAUGUUGAUUUCGAUGAAGAAGCUUCGGACAUAGUGUUGCCAGUUCCUCCACUGCCAGCAUGGUCACGAUCAAGCACACCAUCAUCAGGUCGAAAUAGUCCAGCUGCAUCUGAUGAUAGUUCAUCAGACAAACCUCAGCGACCAGAACGUCCACCCCCACGGCCUACAGCACCUCUAGCUGAGAAAAAAGUACCUCCUCAGAGACCUGGUAAACCACCACCGAGACCAACAAGUGGGCCUACAAAGGUUAAACCUGAACCAGCCAAACCAUUGAAAGCCCCAAUGCGCCCACAAGUAGAACAAACAAAGUUCAAGCAAAUAAACAACAUUGGCCUACCAACCAAUGUGCAGCACCAAGGCCAUGCCAUUAGUAUUGAUGAUGCUGAAAGGUUGAUAGAUAAGCUCCUAUUAAAAGAGAACAAUACUAGCCAACCAUCUAGCAUUAUCUCACCAUCAGAUAUCAGUAUCCAGCUUAAGUCGCCAUCUCCCCAGAGCAACUUAUCCAGAAGCCAAACUGCUGAAUGCCUAACUUCAGACUCAUCAAGAGAUGAAAAUUUUCAGGGUGAUAUUCCCAAACCAAAACCUCGCAUAGCUCGAUUGCGCAGUGCCAGUGUCGAAAGUUUCACAAUGACUGAAAGGUCUUUGGCAGAAGGUUCCCAGCCACCUCUUCCUGUAACUCGUACUCGACCUGUGACUAAUGUCAUAGAGAGCCAGGUGAAUAGCACGCUUGGUAGUGUCCCACCUGUUCCUUCGAGAAACAAUCCAUUUACCAACAAGCAACCAUUAGUGAAACCUGUUACCCCUUGUCCCUCUGGACCACCACCUCCUUUGCCCUCAAAUAGCUUGACUCCAAAUAUGAUACCUUCUUCUGCAGCCAGGCCUAGGCCAAAGCCUUCUUCAGGAGCUCCUCCACCUCCUCUCCCUUCUCGACCACCUUCUAGUCUUCCCCCAGUGCCAGCUCGUUCAAAACCUCCUCCACCUGUGCCACCACGACAGUGA